AUGCCUUGGAAGUCUUCUUCAUCUUCCGUGGCCGCCGAACCGAUGCCAAUGGCGAGAUCAAAGUCCGGUGCCAAGUCUGUUCGUGGGCAAAUAUCGUCACCUAUACCCGUUCCUGAUCCCUACAUGGAGUUUCCAGAGUCGCCGCAGGUCCCUCAGUUCACAGAUGAAGCCCAGCAAGCUGGCAGUAAUAGCAACCCCAGACAUGCGCGCUUUGACCAGAACCAAAGGGCCAAGACCCCAGACGACUAUGCAGCCCUGUCUAAAGUACAAUCCGGAACCCAGAGGGGAACCAUGGAUACAUCUGCUACUCAAAGUUCUACACAGGAUGCUGGCAAGCGCCUCUCAAAAGAAAAGGCAAAGGACGUCCCAGCCCGCAAAAGGUCGCCAAUCCGCAAUGUGCUCGGCCGUCUCUUUGGUAGGCGGAAGAAGACGACGACAAGCCAAAUUACAACGACACCGGAGCCUACCCCCCAGCGUUCAAGUGCUCCCCCACAGCACACGGGCAAAAUUGAAAAGGUCGAUCCGUCACGAGGCUCCGGAGCCAACCGAUCAGCAUCCCUGCCAGUGACCGAAUAUGACAGAGCGCUUCGUUCCCAUUCCGUCGGCCUGGACGACGUCAUCGCCAUUCAAAGCGCGCGAAACUCUCUGGCCGUGGACCACCAGAUCCUGCCCAAGAAACGCAACCCAGAAAGCUCAAGUCCUUAUCCCCUCGGAGCCCGGUACAUCGGCGACGGCAAGCUGGCCGGACUCUGCCCGCGCCCGGCAAGUGUCAACGACAGGGACCUUCGCAGCUCGGGCAUCAUGACCGAUGACCCGAACGAGAUUGGUCGUGCCAUCACCAGCGAGCCUGCCAGCGGGCUGAAGCGCCGUUCCAUGAGCAUGUCAGCCAUGUCCGUGUUUGAAGCCAACCAGCAGGAGCACCGCCGACGGAGCCAGGAAAUGAGGGAGUUGCGCGAGAGCUGCUUCUACGGCGAGGACCCCCUCUCACCGCUGUCUUCCGAGUUCCCAGAGGAUGACGCCUUGGGCACGUUUGAUCUAGAUCUUCCGGAUCCGCCACGCCCAACGGCGCCGGAGCCGACGACGCCAGAAGAACCCUUCAUAUUCGGCGACCUCAUUUUCGAGGAGGAGGCUGCCAACAGGCAGCAGGUCAGCGAGGCCACGCUAGGCUCGCGGGUCAAUGGCAUCGAGAACAGGCUGCACGUCCUCGAGGAUUCAGUGUCCCUGCUCAGGUACAAGGCGAACCCACACGCAAACAUGGACUGGAAACCCAGCGAUGCCACGCUGUCAUCCGGACUCGGCACCCAGCCCUCUUUCUCGUACCCGAACGCCAGGAAUCCCCACCACAGCCUGUCCAUGGGCAUGGCGCCCACCUCGACGCGGCCGUCCACCAGCGGGUCCGACGCCGUCUUCACCGAACCCAUCUCCCUUCCCAGCGGCCGCGACGGCCACGCCGCCGGCGCCUCCUCCUCGUUACUCGACCCCGGCCGCCCGACCUCUGAGCAGACGGUGCGCGCGCGCAACAGCCAGGAUCUACUGGGGCGCCACACCUCCUCGCUCAACGAGGACCAGUUCGCCGCCAUCCUCGGGCUGCUCGAGGCGGAGCGCUCCGCGCGGAUGCUGCUCGAGGCGCAGGUGCGGCACCUCACGCGGCAGCUCAACACGCUCCUCCUCGGCAAGCAGGCGCGCCACAAGCCCUCCGCGCCCGUGUCGGUGUUUGAGUAUGACGCCGACGAGAGCGAGUCUACCCCCCCGCGCAGCGCGGACAACGUCUGGCACCCGCGUCACGCGGCCACCAACGGCGUCGGUUAUGACGACGACGACGAUGCGGAGUCAGCGUCGCAGGUGUACGCGACGCCGCUGGAGGAGGCGCACGGCGCGGCGUUGAACGGUGGGUAUCCCGGCGCGGAGAAGCAGCAGGAGGAGGGGGAGGACGGCGCGUCGCCGAGGACAAUGUCGUUGUCGCGGAUGACCAUGGGUCCCAUGCCGACGGCGGUCAUGUAG